GCCGCCUCCACUGCCCAGGACUCCCAGCCGUCUCCUCUUGCCCUCCUUGCAGCGACAUGUAGCAAAAUUGGUCCCCCUGCAGUGGAAGCUGCCGUGACUCCUCCUGCCCCUCCUCAGCCAACGCCUCGCAAACUUGUCCCCAUCAAACCUGCUCCCCUCCCUCUGGGCUCCGGUAAGAACAGCUUUGGGAUCCUGUCGUCGAAGGGGAACCUCUUCCAGAUCCAGGGCUCUCAGGUUGGCACCUCCUACCCAGGGGGGCAGCUGGUUUUUGCCAUUCAGAACCCAACUGUCAUCAACAAGGGCACCCGCUCGUCCGCCAACAUCCAGUACCAGGCGGUGCCCCAGAUCCAGGCCGCAGGGGGACAGACCAUCCAGGUCCAGCCCAACCUCACCAACCAGAUCCAGAUUAUUCCAGGCACGAAUCAAGCGAUCCUCACCCCUUCCUCUUCCUCUCACAAGCCCGUGCCCAUCAAACCGGCUCCGGCGCAAAAGGAUGGAGCUUCGCCAGCGCAGGGCACAAGCAACGUGGUCAAGUUAGCCGGCGGCAGCAACGUGACUCUUACCCUGCCUGUGAACAACCUGGUGAAUGCCGCUGAGCCGGGCACGCAGGCUCAGAUCCUUGCAGAGAGCCCCUCAAAGCCCAGCAAAAAGACUCGAAAGAAAGCCAUGUCGCCCGCCCAGCCUGCUGCUGUGGCCGUGGCUGAGCAGGUGGAGACGGUGUUAAUAGAGACCACGGCGGAGAACAUCAUCCAGGCGGGCAACAACCUGCUCAUCGUGCAGAGCCCGGGCUCCGGCCAGCCGGCCGUGGUGCAGCAGGUACAGGUGGUGCAGCCCAAGCAGGAGUCGCAGGUGGUGCAGAUCCCACAGCAGGCCCUGCGUGUGGUCCAGGCUGCCUCCGCCACGCUCCCCACCGUCCCCCAAAAAUCCUCCCAGAACUUCCAGAUCCAGACGACGGAACCCACUCCUACCCAGGUCUACUUCAAAACGCCGUCCGGUGAGCUGCAGACAGUGCUGCUCCAGGAAGCCCCAGCCAUGACGGUGGCUCCAUCUGGGACCUCUUGCAGCAGCCCGGUGUCCCGCAGCUCCAGCACGGGGGGCAGCAGCAAGAAACCAGCCACACGCAAGGAACGCACUCUGCCAAAGAUUGCCCCCGCUGGAGGCAUCAUCAGCUUGAACGCGGCUCAGCUGGCGGCCGCGGCGCAGGCCAUGCAGACCAUCAACAUCAACGGCGUGCAAGUCCAAGGCGUGCCUGUCACCAUCACCAACACCGGAGGUGGGCUGCGCCCUGCUCUGCGACGGGGCGGGAGGGAGAGCAGGACCCCCCGUCACGGCUGCCGGGUGCUGUGCAAGGCCCAGGCUGCCCCGAGCGUGGAGCGGCCCUUAGGGUCCGGG